AUAAGUAAUUCAGAAACGAGUCUAGGCCAACACGAAUGGCUAUGAAACGGGUAUAAAAGAAGCUGGCAUCUAGUCAGAUUGCUUAGUGAUCUCCUACCAUGAAGUUCUUGGCCCUGUUUGUGUUUUUGUUAAUCGCUUUGUUUGCCGUUAAAGCAGAUCCUCUAUCGCCUUCGUUCCUGCAAUGUCUCGAUGAAAUAAGUGAUCCGGAACUUUGUGAGAACUUCAAGGAUCAGUUUCCCGAAGAGGCCCCAGCAGUACCUGUCGAUUUAUAUACACAGGCAGAUAAUUCUGGAUAAUUUCUGCUUAAUUUACUUUCACUUUUGUUUGAUUGAUUUACGAUAGAAAAACCCGAAAUGGAGCUAAAUAAUUUAUUGAGCUGAAGGUGGAGAACAGCUCUGUGGAUUUACUAGUUAAAUGAAUAAAAAAUUUCAAUUUUA